AAUCGACUGUCUCAAAAUAUUGAAACGCGUUUUGUGGUUGUCUGGGCUUUGUGAGUGUCCGUAGUUUUAAAGGGGCCGUGUCUCUCUUCGGCGAGUGCAGUUGAUUGCUUCUCUACAGAGGUCAACGAGGAACUGACAAAAGAUGGGCCACGGCCAUGAACACGGACAUGGCCUUUCAAUGCCAGAUUACAAACAGUGGAGAGUGGAGGGGACCCCCCUGGAGUUCACACAGGAGAGACUGGCAAGGAGGGGGCUGAAAGACCCCUGGGCUCGAAAUGAGGCUUGGAGGUACAUGGGAGGCUUCGCUAAGCCAACGAACUUUAAAGAUGUGUUCUUCAGGGGCUUCAAGUGGGGUUUUGCAGCUUUCGUUGUAGCUUUGGGCGUUGAGUAUGCCCUGUUCCCUCCAAAGAAGAAUGGAGAUCACUAGAAAGUUCAAAAUUCCCAGAACUUUAAACAUGUGAUUUGACAUCCUUACAGGAGAACAUGAAGCCAUUCCCACUUCACUUGAAGAUAUUGCGAUAUCCACAAUUUACCUACAGUACCUUCAUACUACUAUACUGAGCAUCAAAAGAAACGUAUCACUUAUAUUUGAGCAUCAAAAGAAACGUAUCACUUAUAUUUGGAUAAAAUUCACUAGAUGUGAUCAAACUCUGUUUUAGAGCAGGUGCUGAUUAAUAAUUGACAUCACAAAGAUGAUGCAAAAUCAUCAUGGGCAGGUGUUGUGACUCUUGGUCUCCCAGUUCGUGGCCUGUCAUUGAGAGAGUGUGUCUGGUUAUACCGUCUCGCCAGGUUUGAAAUUGCUGGCUGUGAGCACCCAAGACGGCGAUCCACAGUACACUGCCCUAGUCCAGCCUCCAACAUGCCGAUUGCACGAAGGCGCUGCUCUCUUGACAGACGUGGCAUAUUGUUUUUUUUUCUGUGAUUUUCAUUAUUACUUUUAUUCAAGCUUGCAAUUCAACAGCUGAAAUCACUCCAUAUCCAGUAUCCAAUCAACUGUCUCACUAAUUAGGUGAUUAAGUGCAUAUGCUUCAGUCAUAGUCACUCAAGUGUGUCAUGGUCAAGGAUCGAGUGAUUAAAAGAAACCAAAAACAUUUUGUCAAUGUCCAUCAUUUCUAUACCUCUUUUUUUUAAUAAAUGUGUUAUAAUAGUGAAAAGGAAGACAAAACCUCCUGAGUAAACUUCUGAUGUACAGAAAAAACUAAAAUGAUUUUCUUUAAAAAUAAACACUUUAUAAAUACA